AAAUAAGGAAAUGUGGAUUAGGCACCAAAAUUUCCCUCCAGAGUCGGCCCCUUCAAAAAAAUAACAAAAUUUUCAUCGAACACCGCCGAACUCAAUGGACGACGUUGAUCGACUCUUUCAAUGCUUCAAAUGCGGCGUUUCUCCUCCACCUUCAGCCAUGAUAGAAAGAAAAAGAAGAAAAAUCAAACCGAAGCAAGAAGGCACAAAGCUUGAGGUGUGUACGACUUCAGGUACUCCAUCUCCAGGAUCAACCGGCUGUGGAAAGACAACUGAAACUGAUAUAACACUCUUUCCGGAAAAACUUGGUUUGCCAAUGGUUAAAGCGAACAAAUCUAGCUGUGGCAAGCAGAUUUCUCCUGUUGUAUUCUAUGGGACUCCGCAUGGUGUGCCUCCAAAAAGACCAUCGAGCUUAUUGCGAUUAUUGCGUGAAAUACGUGUUGAUCUCUCUGAAGAGGAUAAAUCAGACUUAAGGAAGGAAGUAUGGGCUACCUUUCCAAGGCAAGAUGAAGCAAUGAAGUUUGCGAGAGGUCAUACAAAUGUACAUAUAUAUAGUUAUCAAGAUCAUUUCAAUGGACAGAGAAGGUUUCUUGUUUCAACAUAUGAGGAAUUCUGGCAGAGGUACAAAAUCAUGGACCCAAAAUUUCGUCAUCAUUAUGAAGUGAUUCAGGAGGGUUUUCCCUGUCACCUUUAUUUUGAUUUGGAGUUCAAUAAGAGAGAUAAUCCUGAAAAAGAUGGAGAUGAAAUGGUUGAUUUGUUGAUAUCAAUCACUCUAGAAGCAUUGCUUGACAAAUACUCUAUUGAAGGAAAUGAAGAUUGGAUAAUAGAGCUUGAUUCCUCUACUACGGAAAAAUUCUCUCGUCAUUUGAUUAUUCGAAUGCCAAAGACUGCUUUCAAGGACAACUCACAUGCAGGUGCAUUUGUUACUGAGAUAUGCUCUCGGAUAAGAAGAGCAAGAGAAAGAGAUGAAAAGUUUGAAAAACUGUUCAUAAAGAAAGAUUCGAGCUCUGAUGAGUCCCCAAGCCAACUUUUUGUGGACACUGCUGUGUAUUCCAGAAAUCGUUGCUUUCGUUUAGCUCUAUCUUCGAAGGCAGGGAAGAAUUCUUUCCUUCUACCUACUGGGCGUUUCAGAUGUAAGGGCAUGUGUGAAGAAGACAUGUUCAUGGCAUCUUUGAUCUGCAAUAUUGAUGCUGACUGCAACAAACGUUUAGUCUGCAAAUUGGAGUUAGAUUGUGUUAAAACCCUGCAAUUUGAUACAGAGCUACAUAAUAAUUUUGGAAAAUAUUGUCGCACUUCUGAAGAAUUAGCAUUGAGUUCCUGCUUAAGUGAUGUGUCAAGCACUUACUUCACGGGAAAGUCACCAUUCCCAACUUUGGACAAAUUUAUAGAAUGUAUUGCAUCAAUUGGAGAUGUAUCUGGAAAAAUAAGGAGCUGGUAUUGGUUCUCAGAGUAUGGAUUGAUUGUCUACAGUAUGUCAAGAAAUAGAUACUGUGAGCGAAUUGGAAGACAGCAUAAAAGCAAUCAUGUGAUGUAUGUUGUUGAUCUGAGAAGGGCUGUUUAUUACCAGAAAUGCUAUGAUCCAGAUUGCAAAGGUUACCGAUCUCCUCUUCGGCCAAUUCCAAUGGACUGCAUCCCUGAUUCUAUGUAUUCCUCUGGUUUGGGACAGAUGAUGCAGCAUGAAGGAUUGACAAAUAAUAAUAUCGAAUACCACCUUGUAAAAAAUUGCAGGGAACUGGAUAUGAGUUACUACAAUGAAGACAAUCCAGAGAGCUGCAAUAAAGAUUCUUGGUGGAUUGAAGCCAUAAAUCUUGCCAAUGAUAUUGAGAACAAGCACAAAGCAUGUGACAUCGUCAACAUGGUGAACAUUGAUAAUGAUGAAGAUGAUAGCUGGUGGAUGGCUGCUGAGGAGACUGCAUCUCAAGCAGAGCUAAUGCACUUCAAUUCAGAGUAAGGUAAUUAUUCAACCUUCUGACGGAUGGCUGAUAUAGAAUGGGCCAGAAGUUGUGAAUCACUUAGAGAUGAAAGUGAGUUCUACAGAGUGAAGGAGAAAUAAGGCACCCAGAACUUCCAGGGGAAGUAAAAUAUGUAAUUGUAAAAAUGUAGAAUUGCAAUGAAUAAAACUUUUGUGUACAUCUUAUAUUGUACAAGGCUAAACAUGUUAUAACACCUUAA